CAGCAAUCGCACCCUCUCCACUUUCUCCCCUGGACGUCUUAUGCUAUAUUGCAAAGUGCCUGUUCAGCGUCAAGUAGUUGCAGUACUCUGGCUCAUUGGCUCUUGUAACACUUGAAGCCAGUCGCACAGUUGACAAUGGCACCAUCAAAGACGAACGGCGGCCCUGCAGGCCGAGUCAUCCUGACUCUCGGCGUCAUCACCUUCCUUCACGCGGCGUAUUCGACCUAUGAGUAUUUUUCAAUACGAAAGUCGCUUGGGCUACCUAACGAUUCAGUCCCAGGAAACAUCACAAUCGAGAUGCUAUUCUCGCUUUUACUUCUUCUAGUGGGAAUCAGCUUAACAGCCGCCCCACUAAAGCGAAUCGCAUGGAGCAGUGAGAUGAGGACAAGGACAAUUGAUCAAGUAGAUGCGCGCAGCUCCUUCGCCUCGCUGGAUCAUCGGGGGCCAAUCCUCUUCAAUAACGCAGCAACCUUGCUAGAGAAGAAAUAUCCUGGCCACUGACAUCGAUGUCGCAUUCUGCACAUUGGCUUAACGAGGGCCUAUCAGGCUCCUUCAGCUGCCACUGGCUAUGGAAGACCGUGCAUGGGUCUUGUACAAUGCUUCACGGUCAGGCAAAGCAUGGGCCAUACAAUUCAAAGCGUGCAUGGGCCGAAAACCAUGCUAUAAGUUCACAAUCGGCUUCGACGCGUAUACAAGCGAUCAGUGAACUAUAGUUUCCUUCGAAUAUCCCUGAGGAAAGCUUUGCAUUGCCCAGCCGAAUGCACGAUGCAGUCGUCAG